UGAGAGAAGUGAAACUGAGGAGAGGGGAAAGACAAAAACAAUCUCACUUUGUUUCUUUUUUUUCUCUCUCUCACUCAUAGAAAAAGAAAGUGGUGGAAGAUGCCCAGACCAGGGCCAAGACCGUACGACUGUAUCAGAAGAGCUUGGCAUAGUGACAGACACCAACCCAUGAGGGGUUUGCUCAUCCAAGAGAUUUUCAGGAUUGUUUGUGAGAUUCAUAGCCAAUCCACAAAGAAGAACACAGAAUGGCAAGAGAAGCUCCCUGUGGUUGUCUUGAGAGCUGAAGAAAUCAUGUAUUCCAAAGCCAAUUCUGAGGCUGAGUAUAUGGACCUGAAGACCCUUUUAGACCGUACAAACGAAGCCAUCAACACCAUCAUACGGCUUGAUGAGACCACCGAAACUGGGGAAUAUCUUCAGCCUUUUUUCAUGAAACCGAACCACUUUGUUCCAAAGAAUCUUGUUGCAGUAGCACAAGAGAAACGGGUCGAGAAAUGUUCUGUUUCCAAGUACUCAGCCUACCCUUUAUGCUAUUCAUUCCUGCAAAUCCCUGACUCGUGCAAGUCCAAGAACAGCAGACCAGCGAGUGUCAAAGAUGCAGCAAGUGGCAUUACCUUUGGUGGGUGUGAAUGUGAUCUGUCUCUGCGCUUAGGUCCUAGUAAGCCUACUCAAAAACGAAGUAAGAUCAGCAACAACAACAGCUGA